CAGGAUGAGAGGAGGGCCCGGAGGGAGGGGUCAGACUCCUUUGCGAAGAGUUAAUGGGAGAGAAGGAGGAGAGAAGACGCAGUGACCGCACUAGCCGCCGCUGGAGAGAGGGUAGUUGAGGAUGGACUAGGCUGCCUGCCGGGUCAGAGGUCGGAAGAAGGAGCUGCUGGACUGAAUUAGGGGCUCCCGCAGCCCCACUUCGCCCCGUAUCCCGAGACCUGGCACUUCCUCUUGCGCUGGGGACUUUCAGUUUCAUUUCAUUUCGCGCUUCAGCCCGGGCCCCUUCCGGACGCCAGCUCACUCCCCACCGCCGCGAUGACCAAAAAGUUCACCCGCGCCAAGCUCCGAGAGACUGGGCAGAGAUUUAAGAGUUUUCUGGCCGCCCGGGGAGAGGACCAAGAAACCAACCGCGAGCGGCUGCGAGACAUUUACAACGAAGACUUCAAGAUCAGUCUCAGACCUUCUGGCAGCCAUGGGGAACAUGGAGACUUUGAGGAUCCUGUUCCUACCUUCUCUUCCAUGCUCUAUGGGAUGCGCUUCUAUGGGCAAGCUAAGGUCACCAAGGAUAAAGUCAAAUUUUGCAAAGUGAAUCACAAGAAGAAGAAGAAAAUGAAACAGGAAGAUAAGGUGUUUAAGGAAAUCAAACCUCCAGGAGCCAAGAAGAUGAAGUCCCAACUGUCAAAGAUCUUCCAAGACCGGGCCAAAUACAUUCAUGGGAAACAUGGUGUGGAUGUGGAGGUUGAGGGAUGCUACCAGAACCAAGACGGGCAGCUUGUUAUCCGUCUGGAUCUGAACCAGGAGGUGAUAUUGACUCUGCGUCUUCACAAUGGGGGAAGUUAUCCUGUCACCUUGCUCCAUAUCAUUCCACUUUUCCGAGUCACUCAGUUAACUUUCAAGUCAGAACUCCAAGAAGGGCCGAUCACCCUAGAUCCUGGUCACUUUCAUGAACUCCAUGUCCACUGUUACACCAGUUAUGUGGGCUAUUUCCCUGCAACGGUGCUGUGGAAGCUGCAGGGACCUUUGGGAUCAAGGAUAGAAGGAUCAGAAAUCUUCUACAUUGCCCGAUUCCUUGCCGUCAUGUCCCGAAGCCCCCUGGCUGAAGCGCUGAAGCCCACGGCUCCCUACAGACCAAACCGAUUUAUACCACACCCAACUUUAAGAAGCCGGGUGGAAGAUGGGUUGAGACCGGACAGGGGUCAGGGGUAUGAACUGGAGAUGACCUUGAAUCUUCCCAAGUACCACUGCCCGAACCACCUAAAGCACCUGUUUCCACAACUCCUCAAAUCGACCAAUUUCAACCAUCAUAGUGAUGUGGCUAAGAUUCAAAGCCGGCUGAAGACCCCACUAAAUUGGAGGAAUUAUGAGGAGAAGCUUCAGCUGCUUCUAUAUUUGGAAGAGCUGCAGAUGGAGCAAGACAUACGCCACUAUGAUUUGGAGUCUGUCCCCAUGGUCUGGGACCUAAAGGACCGAAACCCUCCGCUCCUCACCUUAGAGGUUCCUGGAGUAGCCGAGAACCGUCCUUCUGUGCUCCGAGGGGACCACUUAUUUGCUAUCCCAAACUUGAAUCAGAGCCAAAAUGUGACCAUAUAUAAGGGCUUUGUGCAUCAGGUCGAGUUGGAUCGGAUCAAGCUGAGCUUCUCUUCCAGACUCCUGGAGCAAUUUGUGAAAGGGAUGACUUUCAAGGUGACCUUCACCUUCAACCGACAACCCCUUCGAGUCCAACACCGAGCCCUGAAAUUGUCAAGACCUCACAUGUUGGAACCAUUGCUGUUUCCAUCGUCCCCCCGUGGGAUCCCGCUCCUGCCUCCCAAAUUCCAACUUUCGCUAUAUGACCGGAAUCUAGAGUCCAACCCUGAGCAGCUGCAAGCAGUGAGGCACAUAGUUCUGGGCACUUCUCGUCCCACUCCCUACAUUAUCUUUGGGCCUCCUGGAACUGGAAAGACUGUCACCUUGGUGGAGGCUAUUAAACAGGUGGUGAAGCACCUGCCAGAUGCCCAUGUCCUGGCCUGUGCCCCAUCCAACUCGGCAGCUGACCUGCUUUGCAAGAACCUCCGGCCUCACUUGCCCAAUUCCAUUUACCGCCUGCUGGCACCCAGUAGGGACAUCCACUUUGUGCCUGAUGAAAUCAAGUCCUGCUGUAAUUGGGACCCACAGAAAGGGAUGUAUGUUUAUCCCGCCAAGAAGAAGCUGCAGGAAUACCGUGUUCUCAUCACCACCCUCUUCACUGCUGCCAGACUGGUGUCGGCCGAGUUCCCUCCUGGCCAUUUCACCCACGUCUUCAUUGAUGAGGCUGGCCAUGCUAUGGAACCUGAGUGUCUUGUGGCUGUCGCAGGCUUGCUGGCCAUUAGGGAUUCAGAGAAACCAGGUGGACAACUGGUUCUGGCCGGAGAUCCCCAGCAGUUGGGGCCGGUGCUACGGUCCUCCAUCGCUCAGAAACACGGAUUGGGUGUCUCUUUGCUGGAGCGGCUUCUGAAAUACAACCCUUUGUACCAGAAGGGCCCCAAGGGGUAUGACCCCCAGCUUGUCACCAAGUUAUUGCGCAACUACAGGUCUCACCCUCACAUCCUGUACAUCCCCAACAAUCGGUACUAUGACGGGGAACUCCAACCCUAUGCGGACCAAAUGGACAGAGAACGAUAUUGUCACUGGGAGGAGCUGCCUCAGCAGGGCUUCCCGAUCAUUUUUCAUGGCGUGAUGGGCAAGGAUGACCGGGAAGGAAACAGCCCAUCCUUCUUCAACUCUGAGGAGGCAGCCACUGUUGUUUUCUACCUGAAGAAACUUCUGACUUCAUCACCCAAAAAAGGCCAGGGCCGGCUGAGCCCCCAGAAUGUGGGAGUUAUCUCCCCAUACAGGAAACAGGUGGAGAAAAUCUACCAGUGUAUCACCAAACUGGACAAGGAGCUUCGGGGGCUUGACAACAUCAAGGAUUUGAAGGUGGGUUCAGUGGAGGAGUUCCAAGGGCAAGAGCGGAGCGUUCUUCUAGUGUCCACUGUCCGGAGCAGCCAGAAUUUUGUCCAGAUGGAUUUUGAUUUCAAUCUGGGCUUUCUCCGAAAUCCCAAGAGAUUCAAUGUGGCUGUGACCCGAGCCAAGGCCCUCCUCAUUAUUGUGGGCAACCCUCUGCUGCUGUGCCAGGAUCCCGAAUGGAACACGUUUCUGAAGUUCUGCAAAAAAAAUGGCGGCUACACGGGCUGUCCUUUCCCCACCCUGGAAACAGAGCAGGCCCUAGAGCAACAGCUGAGCACCCUGAGCCUCGGCCCCUCUACCUCAGAAACUCACCCUCACGACCUCCUGGCAAGUGGCCUUCAGGAGCAAGUGGAGCCAGCCUGGAGAAAUGAGCUUUAAGGAGACCCUCCCCCUCCGCCCAACUAGCCCCCCACCCUCCGCCAUGUCUCAUGCCUGUACGUCCCAGACACGGAACAGAAGAACCCCACUGAGUUCUAUCUUCUUGGGCAGGAAAGGAGGGAGGAUAAGUGCGAUAGAAAGGAGAAAUUUGCACCAAGCCAUUCCCCCUCCUCCUCCCAAGCUAGAGAUGACAGAUCAAGCUUCUGGGAUUUUUUUUUUUUUUUUUUCUCUUUUGUGGGGAGGGAGAAGGAAGAGGAUUCUGCAAAUAAUAAAAUUUGUUGUAAGCCAUGACCUCUGGGCCUCCAGUCCACCUCCUCACAGCUUCCUGCUGGGUCUGGCUCUGUCUUCCAAAGGAUGGGGUGGGACCAAGGGAAAAGGAGGCAGGCAAAGGGACCUUGUCCCCACCCCUAGAGCCUGGGGCCAAAGGAGGAAGCCGAGUGGGAGGUGGACGGGAAGCCACCCACGCAGCCUUCUAAUUUUAGCCCCAGCCAAAGGCCACUCCCCUCCAGCCCGCCUCCUCGGGCGCU